AUGACUAUAACCAUGGUCCCACAGGCAAGGCCUCCAGCUUGUGUACAUCCAACAGAAGGCUGUAAAUCAGCAACGAAAGGUCAAAUGGCAAUGCUACUCUCUGCAUUUGGUCUAAUGUCAAUUGGAAAUGGUGGUCUUUCAUGUUCCAUGGCAUUUGGUGCUGACCAAGUGAAUAGAAAAGAUAAUCCAAAUACCUAUAGAGUCUUGGAAACAUUCUUCAGUUGGUAUUAUGCUUUUGCAAUUAUUGGUGUCAUAAUAGCUCUUACCGGAAUUGUAUACAUUCAAGAUCAUCUCGGUUGGAAAAUUGGUUUCGGUAUUCCCGCAACACUCAUGCUUUUAUCUACUCUCUUAUUCUUUCUUGCUUCUCCUCUUUAUGUCAAGAUCACCAAAAGAACCAGCUUGUGUACUAGUUUUGCACAAGUAACUGUAGCUACUUAUAAGAACAGAAAAUUUCCAUUACCACCUAAAAACUCAACUGGUUUAUACCAUCACAACAAGAACUCAGAUCUUGUUGUUCCAACUGAUAACCUAAGGUUUAUGAAAAAAGCAUGUGUUAUUAAGGAUCAUGAACAAGAUAUAGCCUCAGAUGGUUCAGCAAUAAAUCCUUGGAGACUAUGCACAGUAGAUCAAGUAGAAGAACUAAAAGCCCUUGUAAGAGUAAUUCCGUUGUGGUCAACAGGGAUCAUGAUGUCCCUUGACAUUGGAGGAUCAUUUGGAUUGCUUCAAGCUAAAUCCUUAGACAGACAUAUCACCUCACACUUUGAAGUUCCAGCAGGAUCUUUUAGUGUUAUCAUGGUUGGUGCAAUAUUUAUAUGCAUUGUUCUCUAUGAUCGCGUUGUUAUUCCUCUAGCAUCAAAGAUAAGAGGGAAACCGGUGAGGAUAAGUCCAAAGACAAGAAUGGGAAUAGGCUUGUUUUUUUCCUUUCUCUACUUUGUAACUGCAGCGACUUUUGAGAGUAUAAGAAGAAAGGAAGCAAUCAAGGAAGGAUAUUUGAAUGAUCCUGAUGGAGUGUUGAAAAUGUCUGCAAUGUGUCUUGCACCUCAACUUUGUUUGAGUGGAAUAGCUUCAGCAUUCAAUGGAAUAGGCCAAAAUGAGUUCUUUUACACAGAGUUUCCGACGACUAUGUCUAGUGUUUCCGCUUCUCUUUCUGGUUUGGCAGCGGCUGUAGGAAACUUGGUAUCUUCUUUUGUAUUCAACACUAUAGAAAACUUUACUUCAAGAGGAGGAAAACAAGGGUGGAUUACUGAUAAUAUUAAUAAGGGUCGUUUUGAAAAGUACUAUUGGGUUAUAGCUGGACUUAAUGCUCUUAAUUUUGUAUAUUAUUUAGUGUGCAGUUGGAUUUAUGGACCUACUGUUGAUAAAGUAUCUAAGGAGACUGAAGAAAAUGGUACAAAGGAGGAAGAUUCAACUGAACUCAAGAAUGUGAAUCCAUUAUUUGAUGAAAAGGUUAUUAGUGAUGAAACUAGAUCAAUGGAGAAAGAGUUAACUGAACUCAAGAACAGUGAAGAAAAUGGCUUUAAGGAGGAAGAGUUAACAAAGGAUUAA